AUGGCCGAGACUGACAACCCUGUCGCCCCUGGCCAGACGGUGCUGCCACCAACGGCUGGUGCGGAGCCCAUCCCCGCCGACGACGACCCCGACUUUGACAACGAUGUGGAUUCCGCCUUCGGUGGGGACGCGAUGAGCUCGACUGCGUCCGUAUCCUCGUCGAUCCUCAAGUACAGGACCAUCCAUGGCAGGACGUACCACAGCGAACAGGGCAAUGCGAAAUACUGGGGAUCUAAUGAUGAGCGCCAGAGCGAGUCGAUGGACAUCCUCGGCCAUCUCAUGACCCUCACCAUGGAUGGCCGGUUGUAUCUGGCUCCCCUACAGCGGGAGAAGCUACAGAAAGUUCUGGACAUCGGUACAGGCACUGGUCUUUGGGCUAUUGACUUUGCGGACCAGUAUCCCAAUUGCGAAGUCAUCGGCACCGACAUCUCGCCGAUUCAGCCUAGCUGGGUUCCGCCGAACCUGAAAUUCGAGAUUGAAGACUGCACACAAGACUGGACCUUCCCCGCCAACUCCUUCGACUAUGUCCAUAUCCGCUACCUCGUCGGCAGCAUCGCCGACUGGCCUGAACUUUUCAAGCAGGCCUACAAGGUCCUCAAGCCGGGUGCCUGGCUCGAGAGCUACGACGGCUCGCCCGUGCUCGAGACCGACGACGACACCCUGGGCGAGAGCAUGGCCAAGUGGGGUACUUUCUUCGUCGAAGGUGAGCAAAAGCUCAAGGAGAUUGGCGCCUUUGGCCACCUCGCCGUCAUGUCCGACACCGAGGGCUUCGUGUUGUUUAUGGCCAACGUGCUCGGCUGGACCAUGGACGAGAUCCAAGUCUACAUCGCCCACCUACGACGCGAGUUCACUAGCGGCAAACACCACCCCUACUUUAGGAUCAAGUGCGUCUGGGCCCGCAAGCCGUGA